CCACCUCCUCCUUUUUGCAGAACAUUGUAUUGUGUUCAUGCUCCUCCCUCUUUCUAGUUUUACUGAAGCAAAACUUCAAACUAUUUUCCCUUCUGUUUCUGUUAAAAAUUAAAAGUUUGCUCCCAUUCUCUCACAUUUUUAAAUGUUACACCCGUGAUCUUUUCUGCCUUAAGCAUAAGCCUGCAUAAACUUCCUGUAUGUCUCCCCUUCUGAGCUUCACUGUACCCUCCUCCACUUCCCCCUCUGACCUCUCCUCCCUCUCUUCAGUUCAGCUUCUCUCUUCCUGAGCUUACUCUGUCGUUGGCGUUCGCGUUGACUGGCCAGAGUCCGCGAGCUGAACACCCUCAUCUUCAUUUGAUCCUCCACCUUCUUCUGCCUCUCCCUGUUUCUCUCUUCUUUCUCUCUCUCCAUCUCUGCAGCUAUUCACCCAUUCAUCUCUGUCCAGACCUCAGGACUUGACUGUAAUCACCCAGCCCACCAGCCGCUGGUUCCUCACACCACUUCCUGGUCUGUUUCUAACAUCUGAUUGGCCAUGGCGUACUAUAGCUUCCUGCUGGAACCAAUUAGCUGCCAUGCCUGGAACAAAGAUCGGACCCAGAUCGCCCUGUGCCCCAACAACCACGAGGUCCACAUCUACAAGAAAGAUGGAGCCAAGUGGGCCAAGAUCCAUGAGCUGAAGGAGCACAAUGGGCAGGUGACAGGUAUUGACUGGGCUCCUGACAGUAAUCGUAUAGUUACUUGCGGAGCAGACCGUAAUGCCUACGUGUGGACCCUAAAAGAGGGCACAUGGAAGCCCACCCUGGUCAUCCUCAGGAUCAACCGCGCUGCUCGCUGUGUGAAGUGGUCGCCACGAGAGAACAAGUUUGCUGUAGGCAGCGGCUCACGUCUCAUCUCCAUCUGCUACUUUGAGCAGGAAAACGACUGGUGGGUGUGUAAGCACAUCAAGAAGCCGAUUCGCUCCACCAUCCUCAGUCUGGACUGGCAUCCCAACAAUGUCCUGCUGGCUGCUGGAUCCUGUGACUUCAAAUGCAGGGUGUUUUCAGCCUACAUUAAGGAGGUGGAGGAGAAGCCCGGCCCCACUUCCUGGGGCAGCAAGAUGCCAUUCGGGGAGAUGUUGUUUGAGUCCGGAGGAUCUGGAGCUACAAGUCAGGCUUCAGUUGGAGGGGGUGGUUGGGUGCACAGCGUAUGCUUCUCACACUCCGGCAACCGCCUGGCCUGGACCUCCCAUGACUCCACUGUGUCUGUCGCAGAGGGAGGCAAGACCAGCACGGUGAACAGUCUGAGCUCUGAGACACUUCCUCUGCUGUGUGUCACCUUCGUUACUGAGAACAGCUUAAUAGCAGCUGGCCAUGACUGUUACCCGGUGCUGUUUGUGUACGACAGUGCCAAAGGCAGCUUGACAUUUGGUGGCAAGCUGGACGUUCCUAAGCAGGCGGCCCAGAAGGGCAUCAGUGCCAGGGAACGUUUCCAGAACCUGGACCGUCGGGCCUCAGAGACCCAGGGCACCGAGAAGGACCUGAACACCCUGCACAAGAACAGCAUCAGUGAAAUCUCAGUGCUGGAAGGAGGACGAAACCAGUGCACCAAGUUCUGCACCACCGGCAUGGAUGGAGGAAUGGGCAUCUGGGAUGUCAAGACUCUGGAAUCUGCAAUGAAGAACCUGAAGAUAGUCUGAACCGAAGUUUACAUUACCCCGCCUAAAGUAUAUUAGCUUCUGGAGAUAUGAAGUAAACUGCUGCCUUAUUACACAAAGCUUCUUGGCCCUAUUUUAAUCAGGUAUUUUUCAUAUACAAGUUAAACGAUCAGACUUGGGUCAAACAGUGUUUGUAAUCCCUCUGAAGCUUGUUGCUGAGCUUGUUAAACUCAACACAGUAUACAGUCGGACUGACCACAGGUCUGCAAACGGUACUUAAUGAGUUAGAUUAGUAUAAUCACAGAGAGCUCAGUCUGAGCUGAAUGCUUAAAGCAGGAAUUUUAUAUUAAUCAUGAUGAAAGGCUACAGUAUUUGUUAAAAGCUUAUGCUGGUCAUAAUAUGCAUUUAAUAAAUGAUUGCUCAACAA